AUGAAACUUCAGUUAUUUGCCAUAGGCUUAAUAUUCCCGUGCAUAUCUUGCGGAGCAAGUGCGCUGGCAACGCGUAUCCCCGCUGCGUCCUCGCCAGGUGCCAAUGUCACCAGCCGCGCAGCGCGCAUCGAUGGCAGAGACGCGUCAACUCUUCCCAAAAGCAGGAGGAAGCGUUACAUCAGUCAGAACGACAUGGUCGCCAUCCUUGAUUACCACAACAAAGUCAGAGGCAGAGUGUUCCCCCCAGCAUCUAAUAUGGAGUACAUGGUGUGGGACGAAACGCUGGCGAAGACGGCGGAGGACUGGGCUCACGCCUGCCAGUGGGAGCACGGACCACCGCACCUCCUCAGGUUCCUGGGCCAAAACCUCUCAGUCAGAACAGGACGUUAUCGGUCCAUUCUUCAACUGGUGAAGCCCUGGUAUGACGAGGUGAAAGAUUACUCGUUCCCCUACCCCCGCGACUGCAACCCUCGAUGUCCUCUCAGGUGUUACGGACCCAUGUGUACCCACUACACACAGAUGGUGUGGGCAACAUCUAACAAGGUUGGCUGCGCCAUACACACAUGCCACAAUAUGAAUGUUUGGGGGUCGGUGUGGAAAAGGGCUACGUAUUUAGUCUGCAACUAUUCCCCUAAGGGGAACUGGAUCGGAGAGGCUCCGUACAAAGUCGGUGUUCCCUGCUCCGCCUGCCCACCCAGCUAUGGGGGCUCAUGCAGCAACAACAUGUGCUUCCCAGCACUCAAGACAAACUACCUGCACUGGUUCAAAUAA